AAAAUAAGAGAGUCUACACACUGUGCAACUCAAGAUGGUCCUGAGUGGGGCGCUCUGCUUUCGAAUGAAGGAUGCAGAACUGAAGGUGCUUUAUCUGCAUGAUAACCAGCUUCUAGCUGGAGGGCCGCACGCAGGGAAUGUCAUCAAAGGUGAGGAGAUCAGUGUUGUCCCCAAUCGGUCUCUGGAUGCCAGGCUCUCUCCAGUCAUCCUGGGCGUCCAGGGAGGGAGCCAGUGCCUGUCAUGUGGGACGGGGCAGGAACCAGCUCUGAAACUAGAGCCAGUAAAUAUCAUGGAGCUCUACCUCGGUACCAAGGAAUCCAAGAGCUUCACCUUCUACCGACGGGACACAGGGCUCACCUCCAGUUUUGAGUCCGCUGCCUACCCAGGCUGGUUCCUCUGCACUAUGCCCGCAGCAGACCAGCCUCUCAGACUCACCCAACUCUCAGAGGAUGCCGGCUGGGAUGGCCCCAUCACGGACUUCUACUUCCAGCAGUGUGACUAGGGCAGUGUGCUCCCCAGAACUCCCUGGGCCGAGCCAGCUCAGGCAGGGAUGAAGGUGGAGGACACUGACGGCAGCCACCUCCUCUGCUCUCAGGGACCCCACCUCUGGCUGGGCAUUUGGCCACUCUCCUUUUUGGUUCCCAGUUUAGGUAAAUCCUUCUGAGAUUUGGGGCUUAGUCCACAGUUUCUUUCCCUGUUGAUUGGUGCUGCUGUUGUGGGACCUUGCAAAAACCAUAUAAGAUAAACGGGGAGCCACAUAGAAGGUUCCUAAGGGGUCAGAGUGGAGCAAGCGGUAGAAAUCCUUCAUGCUUUAUGGUAACU